AUGGCCAGUUCCCUCAAUGACCGGAACCCAGGUGGCCGAGCAGCAAAUCCCCGCAAAGGACGUAUUUUGGGCUUCAUUGAUGCUGUUCAGGAUGCUGUUGGGCCUCCCAAGCAAGAAGCUGCUGAUCGCAGGACUGUAGAAAAAACCCAGAAGUUAAUAGAUAAAGUGAUAAGACUUUGUCAGAAUCCUAAACUUCAGCUGAAAAACAGUCCACCUUACAUACUUGACAUUUUGCCAGGCACCUAUCAACAUUUGCAACGUAUAUUGAACAAGUAUGAUGACAAUCAGAAACUUGCACAGCUCAGUGAAAACGAGUAUUUUAAAAUCUACAUUGACAGUCUCAUGAAAAAAUCAAAACAGACUAUAAGACUUUUUAAAGAGGGGAAAAAGCGGAUGUAUGAGGAGCAAUCUCAGGACAGGCGAAAUCUCACAAAGCUUUCCCUCAUCUUCAGUUAUAUGCUUUCAGAAAUCAAGGCAAUCUUCCCUAAUGGCCAGUUCCAGGGCGACAACUUUCGUAUUACAAAAGCUGAUGCUGCAGAAUUCUGGAAUAAGUUUUUUGCAGAUAAUACUUUUGUUAUUAAUUUGUGUCCUUACCACAGAACCAUAGUGCCUUGGAAAGUGUUCCAGCCGUGUUUGCAUGAGGUGCAUCAGAUUAGUUCUGAUUUGGAGGCAAUGGCUUUGAAAUCUACUGUUGAUUUAACUUGCAAUGACUGCAUUUCAAUUUUUGAAUUUGACAUCUUUACAAGAUUAUUUCAGCCUUGGGGCUCAAUAUUAAGGAACUGGAACUUCUUAGCUGUGAAACAUCCUGGAUAUAUGGCAUUUCUGACUUAUGUUGAAGUUAAUGCAAGAUUACAGAAAUUCAGCACCAAACCAGGAAGCUACAUUUUCAGAUUAAGUUGCACUCAACUGGGACAAUGGGUCAUUGGAUAUGUCACUGGUGAUGGAAAUAUUUUACAGACCAUACUUGACAACAAGCCUUUAUUUAAAGCUUUGAUUGAUGGCAGCCGGAAAGGACUCUAUCUGUACCCAGAUGGACGAAGUUAUAAUCCUGAUUUGACAGGACUAUGUGAACCCACACCGCGUGAUCACAUAAAAGUUACACAGGAACAGUAUGAAUUGUUUUGUGAAGUGGGUUCUACAUUCCAGCUUUGUAAAAUUUUUGCAGAGAAUGACAAAGAUGUGAAGAUUGAAUCUUGUGGGCAUCUGAUGUGCACUUCCUGCCUUACUGCAUGGCAGUGUUCUCUGUGCAUGGUGAGGAAACAAAACAAGCCUCUUCCUGCACUACCACCACCUGUGCGCAAUCAUCCUCCACGAGAAAGGCCCCCUCCCAUUCCACCAUAUAACAGUUUCAUGCAUCACCCUGAAAGUGUGCCUUGCAGAGACCAGCCUAUGCCACUUGAAACCUGGUGCCCCAGAGAGGUAUUUUCAAAUGCCCAUCUGGGAAAUGGAGAAUAUGAUGUACCAGUUCGGUUCUCACCCCCUCCUGAAAUUGGUGCUGCCUUGCCUAAUAUGAACUCGCAGGAAAAAUUCAGCAAGUCAGCAGCGGAGCGCAUCAGGGCAGCAGUUGCAAGGAAAAAUGCAACCCACUCGGGAGACCAUCAGGUUCCUUCCAAGCAGGGCGACGUGGCAAGGAAAACCCACUCGGAAAGCUGUCAGGCUCUCACCGAGCAAGAUGCUCGCUGGAGCCCAGGAGCCCAGCCGGGUGAUGCCCAAUCUCAGAAAAGGGAGCAGGGGUGCAAGAAGCACAAGCACCAGCCAAUGCUGUCCCAGGAACGCUCCGCAGAUCAGUCCCCGGCCAGGGAGCGCGAUGCUGCCACCCCAGAGGAACCGGAGACUUCCGAGAUUUCCACCAGCAGGGUGCGCAGCUCAGUUCUCAACUCGUUGUCUCCUGUCGCUGGGCCCUCUUCUGUAAUGGGGGCCUCUGGGGUCGCUCGCAUCUCAUUUCGUUCUGCCAUUAGGGGGAGGAGGGUUUGUGUGGUAGACCUGGGCUCUGCCGCCAGCUUUGGGGUUCCAGUCUCUCACUUUCCCCUCACGCGUCUAGGCCGUGGAGGUGGUGACCUGGGCACCGGCCAGCUUUGGAAGGGAGCACUGCCGCCAGCGUUCCACCGGGGCGGGGGCUGGUGGCAUCUUGGCCUCGACCUCCGGCUUCACCCACUUUUUGUCCGGGGUUUUUUUGUGCACGUGGUAGACCUUGGCACCGGAGAUGCGGCCCGCUCGGCCGAUAAGGAGACAGAGACUGGAGCCGAUUAUUUAGCCAGAAAUAUAACAGAAAUAGAAGAAGCCAAAGUCCCUUCCAACACCGCAGAUAAGUCCGAGAAACUGAUUGGUAUGGUCUCUGACGGAGCCUGCAAUUCUAAAGAAGUGAGAGACCGGGAGGAAUUUGCUGGCCUCCUCUCGCUCAUGCGGGUCGCCUCGUCUGAUCUGAGGUCGCGGAGCGAAAGGGAGGGCCCCUCGCCGCGGGUAGGGCCGGGGCGUCGGCGCGGGGGGCGCGACGGGCCCGCGCGGGCAGCGCUGCGCGUCCACAGACAGCCGCGGAGCCGGCGCUCCCGGCCGCCGCCCCGUCCGCGACGAGGGACGGGCCUCCUCCCCCCCCCGGGCGGGGGGGGCGAGGCCGAGGGACUGCCCUUGGGGGGACGGGGGCGCCCCGCGAGGCGCCCCCGAGGACCCCCAGCCCGGCGACCGCGCGGAGGCGGGCGCGACUGA